AGUUCGACCACUUCGACUCGGCCUAUGGAUCUGUAGUCACCGCGGCCAAUUAGACAGUAUAGCCACCUACGAUUUCUUGGUCAUUACGUGGACACGGUAAUGUACAGGCAAUAUAUAUAUGAGUCGGAUAGGCCUGGUAAAGACAAACGUGUCAGAGUUUGGCAAUGGCGAAUGGGCAGGGGAUACGUGGAAGCGUGCUUCUCUCCUUUGCAAGGGCACAAAUAUGGCGUUACUUCGGUCAAAGUUAGCCCCAGGUCGACGAUGUUGGCUUCGGCCAGCAUAGAUGGUACAACAUUAUUGUGGAAUUUACGGACAGGAUCGAAAAUUCACACUAUGGUUCAAGUAGGUGGAGAAGCUGUAAGAGUUUGUAGAUUUUCACCGGAUUCAACUUUACUCGCAACUGCCGGAGAUAAUGGACAGGUUUGCCUUUGGGAUUUGGUACGACGUAGUUUAAUCAGGUGUUUUCAAAAACAUGACGGCGCUAUACAGAGUGUAUGCUUUUCACCCGAUUCCAACUGGUUAAUUACAUCUUGCACUUUCUCCGUUUUGAAAUUAUUUUCAACUGCUGAUCUUAUUGAUUCGUGUGUAUCUGACAAUCAAGCGAUUACCGCGUUUGCUUCGGUAAACGAUGCGCAUGAUUUAGGCGUCGUUUCUUGUGAUUUUUCAGCUUCUCAAGAAAUAAGAAAUAACGAACCGUUCACGAAAUUAUAUCAGUUGGCCACUUGCGGUAACGAUCAUUACGUUAAAUUAUGGGAAGUAAGCGUGAUUCAAUCCAAGUGCCAAGUUGAACCGUUCGUAGUGAAAAUCAAUCUAUGCAGGAUAAUGGAAAAGCAUAGUAGCGCGUUGACUUGCGUGCGUUUCAGUGCAAACGGGUUAUAUAUCGCUAGCAGUGGCCUCGAUAAGAGAGCAGUAAUUUGGGAAACGUGUUCGGGAAAAGUAAUGGGAAUAAUGUCAGGACACAAUAGAUACAUAGCGUGCUGUGCGUUCUCUAGAGAUGGAAAUUUAUUGGCUACAGGUUCGAACGAUAAAUCUGUUAUCGUUUGGGAUCUGACGGGAAAUUUUUGCCUCGAUUCAGAACUUGCACGGCACUGUACGCCUGCCUUUUUCCUAGACAACCAUGAACAGAGCGCUGCAUACGAACAAAGCGUAAUGAAGAACGCAGAAACAUCGAUUAACAAUGUACGAUUUAUUAAAAAGCUAGAGGAGCAUGCUGGUGCUGUAAAUAGCGUGGCUUUUUACGGAAAUCAUCUGAUUGCUUCUGGAUCUGGGGACAAAUUAAUACGCGUUUGGAACAUUGAAAUCGAAGAGGAAAAAGAUUCCUUGAUGUCAGGAGAAAUGACCAUCAAGUUUCAUGAAAAAGCUUAUAGUCCGUUGGAUGGUCAUAAAUAUAGCAUAAACCACGUGGAAUUUAGCCCCUGCGGUAAUAUGCUUGCUUCUUGCUCUUUAGAUGGCACUGCCAUUAUCUGGAAUACCGAGAACGGGUGUCAAGCAAAAUCUUCUUUCGUUAAUUCCGGAUCUGGCAUUCGUGUCUGUCGAUGGUCACCGGAUGGUACUAAAAUUGCUACGGCUGGAGAUGAUGAAAGAACAACGCUAUGGGAUAUGAACAGCAUGGAGGAACUUUGUGCUUUCAGUGGCCAUUCUGAUGCGGUGAAUGCCAUCGCUUUUACCCAUGAUUCUCGUUAUUUGGUUGCCGCGAGUAACGAAGGUACUUGGAGAUUGUUCGACGCUAUCGAUGAUAAAAACUGCACGGCGUUGAUGAUUUGCGAAGGUGCGCAUGAUUUAGGUGUACAAGGAUGUGAUUUCAGCCCGACUUCCGACUUUAUACCUAUAGGGAAGAAACAGAGGAUGAAUAACAACAGCGACAAGCAGUUUUAUUUGUUAGCAACCGGUGGUAACGAUUCCUUGGUCAAAUUGUGGCGAUUGACAAUUUUCAAGGAACACGAGAUUACAACAGGAGGUAAUGGAAGCGGUGACAACGAUUUCCAAUAUCGAGAGGAAAAGUCGCUGGCCGGACACGGCGGUAAUGUUACUUGCGUACGAUUUUCUUCGUUUCAAAACCAAGUUUUAGGAAGUGUCGCUACUGAUAGAACGGCUCGUAUAUGGAGCGUAUAUUCCGGAGCUUGUCUGUAUGUACUGGAACAACACGAAAGUCUCGUAACUACCUGUGCCUUCUCAGAAGAUACAUCCUUAUUUAUUACAGGUGCUCUAGACAAAACUGCAAUAAUUUGGGGGAUACCUCGACAAUUAAUCUCGCAAAAUAUUCUAAUGGACAAUUUGAAAUACAACAGGAGAAAGGUUGCAGAUUGGAGAGUCAAUGAUACCAUGAAAUGGUUAAACGAAAUAGGUUUAUCAGUAUUAGCAAGAAAAGCGUACGGAACUUCCUUAACAGGAAGACAGUUGCUCACUUCGUCAGAAGAUGAACUGACAAACAGGUUACUUAUCGAUCAAGAUGAUGAUGUUAUCGAAACAUUUAAAACGCAGUUGCAUUGGCUAAAACGCGAAGAGGAUGGUAAUGUUAUUGAAACCCAUGCGGAUGAUACUGAAGUACCUCAUGAAUUUUUAUGCCCUAUCACGCACGAAAUAAUGAGAGAACCUGUUCAAUGCUCCGAUGGAUUUACGUACGAGAAAGCAGCCAUAAACGAAUGGUUCUUAUGCGGAAAAUAUACUAGCCCCAUGACCAAUGAAUCUCUUCGAGACACUUCGUUCACACCAAAUGUCGCACUUAGAAACUUAAUAUACACUUUUCUUCAUGGAAAGCAACAGCCACAGCUUUAAAUGUUGGCCUUAUUACGUGUGAAUAUAUACGUUACAGCAAUUUCGUUUUAUCAUGAUUAUGUAUAUCUGUUUACAUUUCACCAAUCUUUUAAUUACCACGUGUGUAUUUUUCGUAAAACAUGCAAAAGAAAAUAAUACUACAUAUAUGCACAAAUGCGAACGUGCGUAUACGCAACUUCUGUGAGGGAAUCAAAAUACUAUACCUGUAUAUGUAUACUUAUAUUUUGUAAAUAUGUAUUAAUAUGUAGCAAGGCUUCCCUAGUUUUUCAAGUUUCGGUUCCUGUUCCGGGUCUGAACCGAAUUUCCGUCUGGCCCCGGAGCGAAGGCUGCUUCGAUUAAUAUGACAAUGAGCGAUAGAAAUUCUUAGAUUUAAUAGUUAGAAAUUACGUUAGUUUUAAUAUUUAAUAUCGUCAAAAUUAAGAUUUUGAACGUUUCUGCUUUCCCUGUAACACCAUUUUUUCUAGGGAGUCCUACUCUACUCGAUACUGUAUGAACACAAAUGUUUCUAUGAAUAAAUUUUAUUCAAAGAAAGGAAAAAUGUAUGGUAAUUUGAAAUAAAAUUAAUGAUGAUAACGCA